AAGCAACGUUUUAUGGCACUCGUCCUACUGGUCCUCGUCCUUCAUGUCACACGAAUCUGAUGACAUAAUUUACAUAAUAAUUAACCAGCGAGCAUUUAAAAGCAUCUUAUCUUGCGUGAAGUACAUCAUAAAGCAAAGCAUUGUUCCCGUAAUUGUGCUUGAGUCGUCGUAUCGUCUUGAGGUGCACGGUCGCAUCCGCCAAGCCUUUCAAAGAUUUUUCUCUGGGACUGACAUUUCUGCGUUUGUUUUUUCGCGUUCAAAACAUAGUUACGGCGAAGAGGAUGGGCUCGAACGAAUUGGCCGACCUUAAAGCUGAAGAAGCGACACUGAGGCGAAAGCUGGAAUCGACUCGCGAUUUGUCCGAGCGAAGACAACUCAGGGCUCUACUGCACACUUUGAAAGAAAAACGCGAACAAAAUGAACAAGAACUGAUGAAAGACUGUAAAAAUAACAAUAUUCCUCCGGCAACUAGCUGGGCUAAAGACAAGGAAGUGCGAUUUACGAACUUUACUAAACCAUUGGAAAAAGUUGACAGUGGAAGCAAUAUACUAGAGUUGCGCAGUCGGCGACGUAGUGUAGCCAAACCUCCUCCGUCCACGAAUUUUCUCGUGAAUAAACUCAGUAAUGUAAUGCAAAGGGAAAAAGCGGCAAGAACGUCGUCACCUGUUAGAGGAGUGAAUGCCUUCAAAAAGAGGUUCGAAAAUUUAGAUUCGAACAAUAAUCGAGUUGAGAAUCGACCCCCUGUAAAGACAUUCCAGACAUCUGUUAUGAUUCGGCCAAUCGAAACUGAGAAAAAAGGUGACGCGGAGAUACACCAUCCUAACCGUAAUGCAUUGCGUUCUCGACGUAGAUCAAUCGCUAAGUUACAAGUCAGUAAAGCGGAAAAAGUGAGUUCGCCUAUUUGUGGUGCAACCGAAACCGACGGAGCUUCGGCAAGAGAUGCUCGCUUUCAGCGAAGACUUUCGCGGACAAGAAUGCAUCCGAAAGUUGAAAAUGCUACUGAAGGGGGGAAAAGUAUCAAACCAAAUGUCUCUGGCAGUCCAGCCGAGAGAAUGGCAUUCUUUCAACAAGCCGCACAAAAAGAGAAGAUUGUAGAAACGAAGCAGCCAGUGAAACCCGCCACAGUCAUUCCUGCUGGAAAAACUGAACAAAACAAAGAGAAUAACACGCAAAAUGCGCCAUGCGUGGAGAAAGUGCCUCGAAGAAGUCCUCCAAAGAAAAAACCCCAGCUAAAACGGCAAAUGUCUGUCUCCCAGCUUGUUUUACAAUGGUGUAAAGAGCAAACCGAAGAAUAUGAGGGUGUCAACAUCACUAACUUCAGCGCAAGUUUUGCGGAUGGUUUAGCAAUGGCCGCUCUCAUACAUAAAUUCAAUCCAAGUCUCUUUGAUUUCAAUUCUUUGAAACCGGGUGACAGAGGACGAAACUUCACAACAGCCUUUCAAGCUGCGGAAAAAGUUGGCAUAGCCGUGUUGCUCGACGUAGAGGACUUGGUCCGAAUGAAAAAACCUGAACCACGAAGCAUUCAGACCCAGGUCCAAAUGAUUUUUAGCAAGUACCGACCGAAAGAUCUGGACACGAGUCAGCUGACUAUCGCUUAGAUGUUUAAGCUAUUUUUAAAUGUUUAUCUAUAAUUGCGCACAUAAUUAGCCGUGAAUUUGCUCACAGCCAUAGAGUUUGAAAUAUGUUUUAAAUUUUAAGAGUUUUCAUCUUCUUAGCAAAAGAGAAUCAUUAUUUUUAGAGAAAGCACGUCACUUAACAUGGCUGUACGCACUUUGCAUGGUAAAUAAUUAAGAAAUUACCAAUGAUAUUGUACCUUGCUGUGACUGAAGUAAUUGCAAGAAAUACUUUUUAUCUAAAGUAAAUGAAAAAACGCUUUAUCACUUUCGCUCGGCAGUUUACCGUAAAUGAUUGAUUAAGCGCCAUGAUGCCAUGAGUUAUUCAAGCUCACAAAAUUGGAUAUGCGGUGGUUAUUCAAGAAUGGUGUUUAGUCGACAACGGUCCGGUUUUACAUAAACAAAAUGAACGAAACAUAAUGAUUUGUGCAACGGUACAAUGUCUAUGUCUUCACUGCUUUUUUCUUACUGUCAAUGAUCUUGUUAGGGUGGCUAAAAUACAACUUUUAAAACUAAAAUCUACUUUGCUAAUCGUGUUACAGUCUCGACGAUGUGUGAAAAUAAAAGGCCCUGUCUUGGUUCCACA